GUAGCGGUUCGUGGCAGCCAGUAAGCUAGCUGACGUUGGCUAAUUGGUACCCUAGCUUGCUAGCUAACUUGAUGAUGAAUUGUAGCAGACUUGGAAAUAAUAAUUAUUUGCUGAAAGACAUUGAAUAUGGAAGGAUCGUGUAACAUUGGCACGUUGUACCGGGGAUAUAUUACAACGGACAUUAUUUUUACAGGAUAACCUCAGCUACAUGAAAUGUCAUAACGUUAAGCUAACCGCGGAGAUGGAGGGACCUACAACCCCCUGAACAGCUGCACUGAUGGAGAUAUUUCCUCCUCCAAGAUGAUAGCUAGCAAGUCGAAUACUGCACAAGAUUUAGCGGAAUUAUAUUAACGUUAAGUCUGCUAUCUUGUCUCUAUAGUUAUCUAGUCUGUCAAGCAAAUGGGAGAGUGGUUAUUCGGAGUUAGCUCAUAAUUGACAGCUAACGUUAGCUGCUGGUGAAGAAAUCACUGCUGUUUUUGGCAUCUUCAAACAACAAGACUGGCUUUGUGAGACAAACCUUAGGCCUUGUCCAGAAAACAAAGUUAAUUUGUGAAACUGACAUAGCUGGAAACAAGGACAUUUGAGCUUUCUGCAUCGUCAUUUGAGCAUUCUGCGUCGUUUUGAUUGAAGUGAGGACAAUUUUUCCUGAUCAUCUGACUGAUAGUUAUCAUGAGGAAGUUCUUUGAUUCAUCUCGUCGGGAGUUGGUCAGUUCAGGACCUGGUUCUGGAGGAGGUAGCAGUGGAUCCAGCCAUGUAGGUGGCAAUUUAAUUGGACGUUCAUGUACUAUUGGGCGACACCAAGUCACUAUUGAAGAAACAGUGGCCGAAGGUGAGUGAGAUGUAGGAAUUGAUGCUUGUCUUUUGGAAACAAUGUUUUGAUGCCCAUGCUGACUGAGAACAUGUCAUGUGACAUUUCAGUCAGACAGCAAACUGCAACAAUGUUUCAACAUUGAUCAGUCAUUACCAGUCAGGUAGCUGCUACACGAACUGUGGUAUGAUGACAUUCAGUUCUGCUUAAGCCAGAGGCAGCCCAAGGUUUCAGAAUGAUAUGGCUACAGUAGGCUAUGUCAUUGGCAGAGACAUAUUGUUGUCAACUUCACACUCAAUGCCAAGAUGUAAUCCUAUUCCUGACACUCGUAUAUCAGACACACCCAGUCCAAUGACCAUUUCAAUGUAGCUGGAUAAGCAAUUCAAAGGUGCCAUGCUGUUUGUAGUUUUCCAGUUUUGAUGAUCAAGUGUAAGGGCUGUUGCAAGACAGUGAUUUAUCUGUCACGUGACUGACAGAUCUCAUUGUUUGAGCAGCAGCUUAAUUUGGUAAAUCCGUUGGCAGGAAAUCCCCUUACAUAUGAGGUGCUGAUUAAAUGGGCCCAGGGACAGUCUGUUUUGAGUGUUGUAUGAUUUAUUAAAAUGUAUGACCAUGGACACGAGGAGAGGCUCACUCUAGGAAUGCUAGCUCAUUUUCAGGUACUGAAGAGCACUGAGAGAUGUCUGGGGUGUGGAAGUAUCUGUAGGCCUACUCUUAAACUAAAGUCCAUUGGGGACAUUAAACCUAGUAUCUUUGUCAUUUUGACAACCCAAGACCAUACAGAUCAAGUUGCUGAUCGUUUGGAUAUCACUCAGGUACUUGGUAGUGAAGUCCAAAGAAUCUGCAGAUAAUGCCUUGAUGUGAGGAAGGGAUAUAAUAUUAGGCUAAUCCCUGACUCCCUGUGCAAAUGGUCAAAUCACCUCUCAAAACAGUAUAUUUUUAUCAUUAAGCAGCAAUCUUGGUUCAAGUUAAUGCAAAUUCAAACAAUUCCUGAAAUGAAAUAAUUCAAGAAUAGAAAAAUGAAAUAGCCUUUAAAAACGCCAUGCCUAGCCUAAAUAAACACAAUGUACAUUACAAUAAAUGGAACAUCAAAAUUCUCCAAUGUAUCCCAACCCAUGUUACCAUACAACCCUACCAUUUUGUAUCAUACACCUGAAUGAAAGGUAUACACCUUUUUCUUCUCUUAACCUGCUACUCUAUAUCCCCAGGUGAGUAUGUGUGUAUGUGGCUAUGUGAAUGUUAAUGUGAGUGUGUUAGAGAGAGAUAAGAGUGCUGCAUGCUGGGAAAUUGCAGUGCCUGCAUUAUACUGCUCAGUAGAGUCAUUUGUGUGGAUUGUGUUCACUGGUAGGGUAAUGAUGUAGCCCUGACAUCUUGCAAAAGUAGUUUACUUUGCACAACCUUCUUAAAGACUGCAAUUUUGCUCUAACAACCUUGGUUCAUCAUGACAAUAAUGGUCCUAUCACUUUUUCACAUUCAAUGCUUUUGUUGAUUAGGAAGGCAAAUUGCAUCAUGAAUUCUGCCUAUUCUGUCCAUCCUUUUGAAGCGCUGCUUUGCAGUGUACACGAUUCAGGAACUGAGUCUGAGACAUGCUGAAUAGAGAGAUAGUCAGUGUCUUGCAUAUUGUUGAAGUAGCCUAUCCCUGCCCCAAUCUUAUUUCAGCAACUAGCACUGCAAUACUGUAAAGAUCUACACAGUGCACUGCAGUUUCAACACACUGAAAUGUAACACCAGUAUGGUAUAACAUAUAGCCUAGGUAGGUUAUCAACAUUAGCUACAGACAGCGAAUUCCAUGCUAAGACAGUUAGGCUAGAUAGGCCUACAGUUUCCCUGGGGCAAUGCCAUCAUGGAGGCUUGAGUUGCACUGAAAGUCAGGAAUUAAACAUGAUGCCACAAAGGCAGUUGGCAAAAGAUGACUAAUGAUGCUACACCAGGGUUUCUUUAUGUAAUUCUAUGUGUUACGCACACUACAUUAGUGGAUGGAUGCUGCAUUUUACGGAAUGGUUAGGCCUAUUCGAUUUCUUUACUCAUAUCUUGCCUUGUCUUCUAAUCAUAUUGUUUCGUAGUGGGACGCGAAUCACCAUUAUAAGAGUAUUUAUUUAAUAUUUGGUGUGACUUGCUUCAGUAGUCACAUUCUCAACCUUUCAAUCUUGUAUUCUCAUUAAUUUCAAUGGUGGAAUACAGGCUUCAACAUACUAAACUGAAAUCACUGCCACAACUUUCAGAAUGUUCAAACUCAAACAUUUUGAGAGCUUAAAAACACAUUAUAUGGAUUAUGAUGCUGUAGUACUUAAUCUAGUCUACUAUGCUAACCCACUAUAAUAACUCCACACCUACAAACCACCCAAGAAUAGGUCACUAUAACUAACCCAGAGCCUAUGAAAACCCUAGUGCUACCAUUACUUCUGCCGUCACUACCACUACUGGGUCGUUGCAUUUGAUUUCAAUCACUUUUUGACCACACCCUUUUGGAUUUGAAUGACAUUUACCAUAAAUAUUGUUCCAUGGUAGAAGUGGUCAGAAAGUAAGUUUUUGGACCUGAAUGCCAAAACAUUCAGGAAAGUUGACCCAUUUAGCAUACCCCACCAUACCAUGAGACAUGUCUUCAUCACUGGAAAAUAUUAACCAUUGAGUUUGAUAUAAUUUAAAAGCUUACAAAAAGGGUAAACUCAAACAAUUUAAUAAUUUCUUGAAUAAAAUGUAUUUUAAUAAAGAUUAUGUAAUUCUGUUACCUUUAACGUAAAAAAAAGAAAUAUUUUCUGCAUACUGUAGCUUAAAGGGAUACUGCAAGAUCAAAUCAAAUCACAUUUUAUUUGCCACAUGUGCCAAAUACAACAGGUGUAGACAUUAGUGAAAUGCUUACUUACAAGCCCAUAACCAACAAUGCAGUUUAAGAUAAAAAAAAAAAGUGCAAAUAGUCUGGGUAGCCAUGAUUAGCUGUUCAGAAGUCUUAUGGCUUGGGGGUAGAAGUUGUUGAUCACGUUGAGGGAGAGGUUGUUAUCCUGGCACCACACGGCCAGGUCUCUGACCUCCUCCCUAUAGGCUGUCUCAUCGUUGUCGGUGAUCAGGCCUACCACUGUUGUGUCGUCGGCAAACUUAAUGAUGGUGUUGGAGUCGUGCCUGGCCAUGCAGUCAUGGGUGAACAGGGAGUACAGGAGGGGACUAAGCACGCACCCCUGAGGGGCCCCCGUGUUGAGGAUCAGCAUGGUAGAUGUUGUUGCCUACCCUUACCACCUGGGGGCGGCCCAUCAGGAAGUCCAGGAUCCAGUUGCAGAGGGAGGUGUUUAGUUUCUGAUAUUUUUUUAUAACCCAACCCUGAUCUGUACUUCUCCACAACUUUGUCCCUGACCUGUUUGGAGAGCUCCUUGGUCUUCAUGGUGCCGCUUAGUGGUGUUGCAGACUCUGGGGCCUUUCAGAACAGGUGUGUGUAUAUACUGAGAUCAUGUGACAGAUCAUGUGACACUUAGAUUGCACACAGGUGGACUUUAAUUAACUAAUUAUGUGACUUCUGAAGGUAAUUGGUUGCACCAGAUCUUAUUUAGGGGCUUCAUAGCAAAGGGGGUGAAUACAUAUGCACGCACCACUUUUCCAUUAUUUAUUUGUAGUAUUUUUUGAAACAAGUAAUUUUUUUAAUUUCACUUCACCAAUUUGGACUAUUUUGUGGAUGUCCAUUACAUGAAAUCCAAAUAAAAAUCUAUUUAAAUUACAGGUUGUAAUGCAACAAAAUAGGAAAAACACCAAGGGGGAUGAAUACUUUUGCAAGGCACUGUAGAGCCAUGUCAUCAUGGAAUGCUCUGCCACCAGAGGUUACUCAAGCAAAAAGCAAGUUUAGUUUUAAAAAACAGUUUUGUAUCACAGCGUCUCUCCUCUUUCUAAAGAUCUAAUUUAACUGUACAGUAUAUGUGAAUAUGUGUACGUUUUAUGUGAACCCCAGGAAGAGUAGCUGCUGCAUGUUCAGUAGCCAAUGGGGAUCCCACUAAACUAAACUGGUGUGCGUGGCCAAAGAGCUCUAUUUUCAUGUCAUCUGACCAUAGCAUUGCAUGAGCGGGGCGGGGCGGCAGGUAGCUUAGUGGUUAAGAGCGUUGUGCCAGUAACCAAAAGGUCGCUGGUUCUAAUCACCGAGCCGACUAGGUGAAAAAUCUGUCGAUAUGCCCUUGAGCAAGGCACUUAACCCUAAUUGCUCCUGUAAGUCGCUCUGGAUAAGAGCGUCUGCUAAAUGACAUAUUAUAUGAGCCACGUCAGUUAACAUCAUUUGAAUGAACAUUCUACAUUACCACAAUACCAGGCAGCCAUUGUGAGUGUACCAAUGAGUUUACCAGUCAAAUUGCCAGGGCUAGAGAUUCCAUGCCUAUUCUAUUCAUUCUAUUUGUAUGUGUGCUGUUGCUGCAGGGAGGGGGGCAUUGCCUAGGCAACCGAAGACGUGUUUGCUACAACAUCCUGCUUGUUUCAGGAGCAACAAAGUUUCAUCAUGUUGUAAAGAGUCCAUUUUUGUUAUCACACAGACUCAACCGCACAAAUGCUCAGCUGUCCUGUCUUCAAUCAGCAGUUUUUUUUUUAAUGGUUAUGACAGUUAUUUUAUUUUAUCUAAUUGUGCCAGCCAUAGCACAGAGUGGUCUUGCCAACAUCCCAACCUUGAUACCUAAAUACAAUAGAAAGUGAUAUGUUCAUGACCUGGAAUAUCCCUUAUAUUUAGUUUUCUCUAUUACUUCAGACUACCAAUGGUUGCUUGCCUCCAAACACUGAACCUUAAUUCGGUCUCAUUCACUCUCUCUCUUUCUCACAGGUGGGUUUGCCAUCGUGUUCCUGGUACGAACCAGCCAGGGACUCCGCUGUGCCCUCAAGAGGAUGUAUGUCAACAAUGAGCACGACCUGCAGGUGUGCAAGCGAGAGAUCCAGAUCAUGGUGAGUAGCUGUGACAUUACCCCACACCCACGACAUGCUUGGAGGGGAGCUACUCUGUUUAAUAUUCUCCUCUGCUUACAUGAAAACACAGGCAGGCCCAUGAACUCUGCAUCACCUUAUUUAUCCAUUUCAAUUUCCCUCUGGGGACAAUAAAGUUUGACCUUGAACUUAAAUGGCAUGAUAAUGUUCACUCUGUCUUUUAAUGUAAUCUGGUUGUGCAUGUGCUCUUGCAGAAGGACCUGGUCGGCCAUAAGAACAUUGUUGGCUAUCUGGACUCUAGUAUCACCACUUGUGGAGGAGGAGAUGUGUGGGAAGUGCUCAUCCUCAUGGACUACUGUAAAGGUGAGUGCUUACUGAAGGGUCUGUGUUCAAUCAAGUGUAGUUGAAAGACAAAAAUAAAGCCGGGCGACUGUCACUCCACAUGAGGGCGCUCUCUGUCUAACUAUUAGUCUAGCUUCCAUCUAGGCCAGGGGUGUCAAACUCAUUCCAUAGAGGACCUAGUGUCUGCAGGUUUUGGGUUUUUCCUUUGAAUUAAGACCUAGACAACAAGGUGAGGGUUCUUUACUAAUUAGUGACUUUAAUUCCUCAAUCAAGUACAAGGGAGGAGUGAAAACGUGAUCUGGGCCUACCACUGGUGUGGUGACUUUUUUUUUUUUUUAUACUUGUCUUUGCAUAUUUACAUUUACAUUUUGACUUUUUUUUUUAUACUUGUCUUUGCAUAUUUGCAUUUACAUUUUAGUCAUUUAGCAUAUAAUUUGAGUUCUGUGCUGCACCAGGUUUUAUUUCCUUGAUGUGAAUAUAUGUUAUAUGGAUAGUACAAAAAAAACUCCCCUCAGGCUGUGAAUGUUGCCAUUCUUUUGUGAGCUUUAUUAUCCAUUGUGACAUUGAGCUUGCUUGCUCUCUUUCACUCCAAGGCUAUCUUCACUUAUCAUGCUAACAGUUAGUCAAGCUAGGGUCCUACAUUUCUUUAUUUUGUUUGUUCGCAGAAUAAUUCGCUCUUAAUAAUGGAGUGAUAGAGCAUAGUUUUUCCGCUCUAUGGGAACACUGUCAGAAUGAAGAGGACACUUAAAUGUUCAUUGAAUGACAACAUGUCUGACAUGAUGAAAUAGUUGUGAGGUUAUGAAUUGGUUCUUUAAGUUUUGUGUUUUGAUCUCGUUUUUGAGUAUUUUCCUCUGUGGCCCAACCUUGAAGACCUUACUGUAUAGACAGUUUUACAAAUCUAUCAACAUAUUAAUAAUACAAUAUUUGUUUUAGGUUCUACUUCUUCCUUUAGUGAGCUGCCUUAUCACACUAGCUAUACACUGAGUGUACAAAACAUUAGGAACACCUGCUCGUUCCAUGACACAGACUGACCAGGUGAUUCCAGGUGAAAGCUAUGAUCCCUUAUUGAUGUCACUUGUUAAAUCAACUUCAAAUCAGUGUAGAUGAAAGGAGACAGGUUAAAGAAGGAUUUUUAAACCUUGAGACAAUUGAGACAUGGAUUGUUUAUGUGUGCCAUUCAGAGGGUGUAUGGGCAAGACAACAUAUUUAAGUGCCUUUGAACGGGGUAUGGUAGUAGGUGCCUGGCGCACUGAUUUGAGUGUGUCAAGAACUGCAAUGUGCUGGAUUUUUCACGCUCAACAGUUUCCCGUGUGUAUCAAGAAAGGUCCACCACCCAAAGGACAUCCACCCAACUUGACACAACUGUGGGAAGCGUUUGAGUCCACAUGGGCCAGCAUCCCUGUGGAACGCUUUCGACACCUUGUAGAGUCCAUGCCCCGUUGAAUUGAGGCUGUUCUGAAAGCAAAAGGGGAUGCAACUCUCUAUUAGGAAGGUGUUCCUAAUGUUUUGUACACUCAGUGUACAGUAUAACACCAUGUGAAACCUCUGAGGAAAGGCCCCUAUUGUGAAGUGGUCAUUUUAGAUCAGUGGUAUUCAAAGUCGGGGUCGAGACCCCUAGUGGGGGCAGGGGAACUGCAGUGGGGUCACCCAAAAAAAACAUUAAGAGUACAUGUUAUUUUAUAGGACGAUACACACAAGUUUGUAGAAAAAUAAACAUUUGUAGGGGGGGUACUUGAAAAUUAUUUGUUGAUGUAAAAAUCUAUAUUUAACGAUUUUUAUGGUUGUGUCAUUAGAUUUGGGUGAGUUGUGGUCACAAUUAAUUAUUGUGAAAAAACAAUUGGGUCCCCAGAAAUUCUGGUGAAAAAAAUGGGGUCCCCGCUGUAAAAGUUUGAAUACCACUGUUUUAGAUGAUCAAGAGACUGAGUGUCUGAGUGCAAGAUGGGUGUACUGAGUGAACCUUGCUAUCUCCAUACCCAGUGUGUGUGUUCAGUAAUGAGACUGAGUGAUGUAUCUCUGCAGGGGGCCAGGUGGUGAACCUGAUGAACCAGCGUCUGCAGACAGGCUUCACCGAGGCAGAGGUGCUGCAGAUCUUCUGUGACACAUGUGACGCCGUGUCUCGACUGCACCAGGGCAAGACACCCAUCAUACACAGGGACCUCAAGGUGCAGAGGAGUAGGACCCUUCUCCUGUGUUUUCUCCCACCUCCUUUCUCUGCUCCCACUCCCGCUCUCUCAUCUCAUUCUUGGCUUAGUCUUCCAGUCAUAUAAAUAAUAUAUAUGUAUAUCUCAGUUAAAGCUGCUGAGGGGAGAACGGCACAUAAUAAUGUCUGGAACGGAGCGAAUGGAAUGGCAUCAAACGCAUAGAAACCAUGUGUUUGAUACCAUUCCACUCAUACCGCUCCAGCCAUUACCACGAGCCUGUCCUCCCCAAUUAAGGUGCCACCAACCUCCAGUGAGAUAUAUAUAUAUAUAUAUAUAUAUAUAUAUACACACACACAGUGCAUUCGGAAAGUACUCAGACCUCUUCCCUUUUUCCACAUUUUAUUACGUUACAGCCUUAUUCUAAAAUUAUUCAAAAAACUAUUCCUCAAUCUAUAAACAAAACCCCAUAAUGACAAAGCGAAAAACAGGUUUUUAGAUUUUUUUGCAAAUGUAUUAAAAAUAAAAAUCAGAAAUACCUUAUUUACAUAAGUUUUCAGACCCUUUGCUAUGAGACUCGAAAUUGAGCUCAUGUGCAUCCUGUUUCCAUUGAUCAUCCUUGAGAUGUUUCUACAACUUGAUUGGAGUCCACCUGUGGCAAAUUCAAUUGAUUGGCCAUGAUUUGGAAAGGCACAGACCUGUCUAUAUUAGGUCCCACAGUUGACAGUGCAUGUCAGAGAAAAAAACCAAGCCAUGAGGUCGAAUGAAUUGUCCGUAUAGCUCAGAGACAGGAUUGUGUCGAGGCACAGAUCUGGGGAAGGGUGCCAAAACAUUUCUGCAGCAUUGAAGGUCCCCAAGAACACAGUGGCCUCCAUCAUUCUUAAAUGGAAGAAGUUUGGAACAACCAAGACUCUUCCUAGAGCUGGCCGUCCGGCCAAACUGAGCAAUCGGGGGAGAAGGGCCUUAGUCAGGGAAAUUACCAAGAACCCUAUGGUCACUCUGACAGAGCUCCAGAGUUCCUCUGUGGAGAUGGGAGGACAACCAUCUCUGCAGCACUCCACCAAUCAGGCCUUUAUGGUAGAAUGGCCAGACGGAAGCCACUCCUCAGUAAAAGGCACAUAACAGCCCGCUUGGAGUUUGCCAAAAGGCACCUAAAGGACUCUCAGAUCAUGAGAAACAAGAUUCUCUGGUCUUAUGAAACCAAGAUUGAACUCUUUGGCCUGAAUGCCAAGCGUCACAUAUGGAGGAAACCUGGCACCAUCCCUACGGUGAAGCAUGGUGGUGGCAACAUCAUUCUGUGGGGAUGUUUUGAAGGUGCAGGGACUGGGAGACUAGUCAGGAUCGAGGGAAAGAUGAACAGAGCAAAGUACAGUCGUGGUCAAAAGUUUUGAGAAUGACACAGGUAUUGGUCUUCACAAAGUUCGCUGCUUCAGUGUUAUGAUAUAUUUUUGUCAGAUGUUAAUAUGGUAUACUGAAGUAUAAUUACAAGCAUUCCAUAAGUGUCAAAGGCUUUUAUUGACAAGUACAUUAAGUUUAUGCAAAGAGUCAAUAUUUGCAGUGUUGACCCUUCUUUUUCAAGACCUCUGCAAUCCGCCCUGGCAUGCUGUCAAUUAACUUCUGGGCCACAUCCUGACUGAUGGCAGCCCAUUCUUGCUUAAUCAAUGCUUGGAGUUUGUCAGAAUUUGUGGGUUUUUGUUUGUCCACCGCCUCUUGAGGAUCAUCCACAAGUUCUCAAUGGGAUUAAGGUCUGGGGAGUUUCCUGGCCUUGGACCCAAAAUGUCGAUGUUUUGUUCCCCGAGCCACUUAGUUAUCACUUUUACCUUAUGGCAAGGGGCUCCAUCAUGCUGGAAAAGGCAUUGGUCGUCACCAAACUGUUCUUGGAUGGUUGGGAGAAGUUUGUCUUGGAGGAUGUGUUGGUACCAUUCUUUAUUCAUGGCUGUGUUCUUAGGCAAAAAUGUGAGUGAGCCCACUCCCUUGGCUGAGAAGCAACCCCACACAUGAAUGGUCUCAGGAUGCUUUACUGUUGGCAUGACACAGGACUGAUGGUAGUGCUCACCUUGUCUUCUCCGGACAAGCUUUUUUCCGGAUGCCCCAAACAAUCGGAAAGGGGAUUCAUCAGAGAAAAUGACUUUACCCCAGUCCUCAGCAGUCCAAUCCCUGUACCUUUUGCAGAAUAUCAGUCUGUCCCUGAUGUUUUUCCUGGAGAGAAGUGGCUUCUUUGCUGCCCUUCUUGACAGCAGGCCAUCCUCCAAAGUCUUCACCUCACUGUGCGUGCAGAUGCACUCACACCUGCCUGCUGCCAUUCCUGAGCAAGCUCUGCACUGGUGGUGCCCCGAUCCCGCAGCUGAAUCAACUUUAGGAGACGGUCCUGGCGCUUGCUGGACUUUCUUGGGUGCCCUGACACCUUCUUCACAACAAUUGAACCUCUCUCCUUGAAGUUCUUGAUGAUCCGAUAAAUGGUUGAUUUAGGUGCAAUCUUACUAGCAGCAAUAUCCUUGCCUGUGAAGCCCUUUUUGUGCAAAGCAAUGAUGACGGCACAUGUUUCCUUGCAGGUAACCAUGGUUAACAGAGGAAGAACAAUGAUUUCAAGCACCACCCUCCUUUUAAAGCUUCCAGUCUGUUUUUCUAACUCAAUCAGCAUGACAGAGUGAUCUCCAGCCUUGUCCUCGUCAACACUCUCACCUGUGUUAACGAGAGAAUCACUGACAUGAUGGCAGCUGGUCCUUUUGUGGCAGGGCUGAAAUGCAGUGGAAAUGUUUUUUGGCAUUAAGUUCAUUUUCAUGUCAAAGAGGGACUUUGCAAUUAAUUUGAUCACUCUUCAUGACAUUCUGGAGUAUAUGCAAAUUGCCAUCAUCAAAACUGAGGCAGCAGACUUUGUGAAAAUUAGUAUUUGUGUACUUCUCAAAACUUUUGACCACGACUGUACAGAGAGAUCCUUGAUGAAAACCUGCUCCAGAGCGCUCAGGACCUCAGACCAGGGCGAAUGUUCACCUUCCAACAGGACAACGACCCUAAGCACACAGCCAAGACAAUGCAGGAGUGGCUUUGGGACAAGUCUCUGAAUGUCCUUGAGUGGCCCUGCCAGAGCCCAGAUUUGAACACGAUCGAACAUCCCUGGAAAGACCUGAAAAUAGCUGUACAGUGACGCUCCCCAUCCAACCUGACAGAGCAUGAGAGGAUCUGCAGAGAAGGAUGGGAGAAACUCCUCAAAUAGAGGUGUGCCAAGCUUGUAGCAUCAUACCCACGAAGACUUGAGACUGUAAUUUCUGCCAAAGGUGCUUCAACAAAGUGCUGAGUGAAAGGUCUGAAUACUUAUGUAAAUGUGUUAUUUCCGUUUUUUAUUUUUUAUAAAUUUGCAAAAAUGUCUAAAAAACAGUUUUGCUUUGUCAUUAUGGGGUAUUGUGUAUGGAUUGAUGAGGGGAAAAAACUAUUUAAUCCAUUUUAGAGUAAGGCUGUAACAAAAUUUGGAAAAAGUCAAGGGGUCUGAAUACUUUCCGAAUGCGCUGUGCCAUUCAGCAGACACUUUCAUCCAAUUCACAUGAUCAAAAACUGAAAAGAGCAGCCGUUACGUGACUCAUAUUUUAUCCUUCUCUGGCUUUGUUUGAAUCUUCUUCUCUUUUAUAUCGCUGCAGGUGGAGAACAUCCUGUUACAUGAUAAGGGACACUAUGUGCUGUGUGACUUCGGCAGUGCUACCAAUAAGUUCCAGAACCCACAGAUUGAAGGAGUGCCAAUAGUCGAUGAUGAAAUAAAAAAGUUUGUGAACUUACAUAGCUUAAUACAUGCCAUUUCCUGCCAUUUUAUUUCCUUUGAAUUGAGCAUUUUUACAGCCAUAGAAUAAUACAGUUCAGAAGAAUACAGGCCUUUUCAGCUGUGCCUAGUCAGAGUUAGCCUUGUGUUAGUUCAAUAAGGAUCAUGAUAUUCUUCAUCCUCGUCUUUGUGAGCUUGUCCUAUUCUCUCUCAGGUACACCACUCUGUCAUAUCGUGCCCCUGAGAUGGUAAACCUCUACAAUAGCAAGAUUAUCACUACUAAAGCUGACAUAUGGGUGAGUGGACCUUGUAUGUUAGAUGUAGGCUUUAGUCAUGGUAUCAGUGCCAGCUUCUGAUUUGUAUGGGGCUUUUUUACAAUACACUUUGCAGCAAUUUGUCACAGAAUGCUCAUGAAAAUUGUGUAAAAUAUAUAUUAGCUAAAUGAAAACUUCAAACUAAUCUUUGGUUUAGUUAGUACAGUAAGAAGUUAGAAGAGCCAUAUUUGUGUGGAGAAGCCUUUUCCCAUCAGGUUUCUCGAGGCAUUUGGAUGUUGGCUCUAAAAGGUAUGUAACUUUAUUAUUGUGUGUGUUCUCCAGGCGAUGGGCUGUUUGCUGUAUAAGCUGUGCUACUUCACUCUACCCUUCGGGGAGAGUCAGGUGGCCAUCUGUGAUGGCAGCUUCACCAUUCCUGACAAUUCCCGCUACUCCUACGACCUGCACUGCCUCAUCCGUCAGUAUUCCACCACUCACUGUAUCUGCUAUGGAAAUUAGUGUCGAUUUUACAACGCCAUUACAUAUUUUCUAAGUAUAUUUUGUAAGUCCUGUACUACAUGUUGCCUCCUUAUCUAACAAUGCUUAAUCUAUAGUUUGUGGGUUAGUCAGUGUGUUGCUUUUCUCUCUUCUGGUGUGGUUCAAUUGGUCUCACUUUUUCUCUCACAUUUCCUCCUCCUCCACCUCUCCUUCUCACUCUGUUGGUGUUUGUCAGGGUACAUGCUGGAGCCCGACCCUGACAAAAGGCCUGACAUCUACCAGGUGUCCUACUUUGCUUUUAAACUGGCUCGUCGGGACUGCCCUGUUCAGAAUGUGAAGGUCAGUCUCUCUCUGCUCUGUGGUCAGUCUGUGUGGGUCAGUCUCUGUAGUGGGGUGACCUUUUCUAGUCUGUAUGUCUCAGUCUCUCUCUGCUCUGGGAACAGCUGUGGAUUGGUCCUCUAACAGGCUCUGAGCCAGACCUACCAAUGUUCUAUUCAGUCCAUGCCCUGAAGCUACUGAAUGUGCUUCCCAAAUAUACAUUUACAAUACUUUUGUCUCUAAUCUACCCCCAUAUAGAACUCUCAAAUUCCUGCUCAACUCCCUGAGCCAAUCAAAGCCAGCGAGGCAGCUGCAGCGAAGAAGAGCCAGAGCCAGACCCAGAGUAAGGCCAGGUAAGUCUGUGUGCUGGUGUUUGUCAUACAGGGGGGCUGCCUGAGUAAUCUUCUGGUUGUUGUUGUUAUACACACCAGUAUUGCAGCUAGGAUCCUUAUUUUUUGUCAGUUGUGUGUUCUCUGUUCUGUUUUGACAUCAUUCAUAAGGUAAUUUCGUACCAUUGACAAGUUGAUCACCAACUCUCACCUUUGACCCCCAGGUUGACAGACCCCGUCCCCACCACUGAGACCUCCAUCACACCCCGGCAGAGGCCCAAAGCUGGCCAUGCCCAGCCCAGCGCUGGCAUCCUUCCCAUCCAACCGGCUGCCCUCACCCCUCGCAAACGGGCCAACCUCCCUGCCCUUCCUCUAGGUAUGUACCCACCCUCACUCGGCCACUCUGCCGUUGUACUGCAAUUAGGCUAACAUUGGUUUUAUUUGGAGGCAUGUUAGCUACUCAGUAGAUACACAGAAGCGACUGAGGUAGAUUCUCUACCCCGCGCCGGAACUUACUUACUAAUAAUUUGUAGAGUGCAAAAUGACCGCAAGAAGCCCAAACAGAUAUAAUAUUUGACUAAAACAUAAUAAUUUAAAACCUUGCUUACAUUUGCAUACGAUCACGUGUAUCUCUAUUUAUUUGACAUUUUGCAGGAUGAAAUCUCUUUAGAUGCACCAAAAUAAAAUAAAAAAUAAAUAAAAACAAUACUCAGUAACAAGAAUAAUAUGGCAGCUACUGUGUAAUAAUAAUAAUAAUAAAAUAAAACGUACAUAAACAGCAUAAAAAAGUUAUACAACUACUAGGCCUACAACUAAUAAAAACGACAAAACUACUUAUACAACUAUGUACCUAUAAUACAGUGUUUUAAUGCAUACAUAUUUAUAAAUAUCUUCACAUGUUGAUGUUUCUAUUAGUAAAAAAACACUAUUAUGCGUGGGAACAGAUUUCCAAAAUUAAAAUCACUUGGAGCUGAUUUCCUGGUGUUUUUACACUUAUGUCCAACAAUGAAAAUCCCCGCCCCCUUUUUGUUUUUGCUCAGAAAACUUGGGGGGCCACAUAAAAAUGCCAGUUGGGGAGCCCUGCUCUGCCGUAAUGGCAGUAGCUAAGUUGGACAAAAUAGAAGUAAAUGAAGAUGUACGACAUUGGGUACUAGCCAUGAUAAAUACAUGUCUGUGUAAGUGGGCAUUUCCCUGAGGAUCUAGCUAGCUCACAUAGAGUUGAACCAGCACUGACCUGGAACAGUUGUUUUUUUCCCCCGUAGUUUCAGUAAAUCAAAUAAAUGUCUGUUAAGGCUCCACCUGCUCAGAACAUUCUGCCAAAUUUGGUUGAAUUAUUUCUCAAAUUAGAUCCAAGUUAUAUUUAGUAAAAAAUUAUAAGGCUCUCGUUAGAAACCAAUGGAGUGAACACUUGGCUGGUCUGCUUAGUCUGUCUCUCAACAUUCUCAUCUAAUGAGGUCUAGCCAGAGAGUUGUCGUGCUCUGACGAUUUUUCCCACCUCUAACCAGACUGACUGCUCUAGACACCACUUUGCUCUGUUUUUGUGCUGCUUUUCCUCCAGUGAUAGACAGGACACAGGAGAGUUGUGUACUUGUGUUUGCAUUUUGAUGGGGAAUUACCUUGUUACUCAAUUAUUUAACCAAGCAGAGCCAAGCCACUGUCACUGCUUGUGACACCUGCCAUGUCUAAUUAUGUUACUGUAUUUCUCAACAGGGAGUUAAUGCAGUUAACAAACAAAACACUUAGCAGCCAAUUCAUUUCCGUAUCUAUUAGACCACAUUACCAUGGCAGCAGCAUUACGCAGAUGGGCCUUAGGCUAAACUAAUACCCUAUAAAUCCUAUAGGACAUGAACUGUCAUUGUUCCGUUUUACCAAUUACACUUCUUCUCAAUGACGAUUCUUCCAUGAACCUUACGGUUUGCAGAAAGCGUAUAUGGCAGCCAAAAAGAUGGUUGCAUUACGUUGGCAAGAGCCUCACUCUCUGCUAUGGCAUCAAUGGGGGUGCUUUAGAAAUUGCUAACAUGGAACUUUCUGUGUCCCGUAUGCAUGGUGCUAAAGAGACAAAUGUUGAGCUGUGGACUACUGUUAUUGAAAAAAUAAGAGAACUGCCAUAAUAUCUUCAGUAAACAGGGUCCUGUGGGGGGGGUGGGUGUUUAGUGUUUUCUCUUUUGUCCUAACUGUUGUGUCUUGUCUGUGUACCAUAAAUGAAUUUUUUAAAAUACAUUUUAUAAAAAUAAAAUUGUUUGUUUAAUGCCAGGGAUGAUGUGCUAGAUAUUUCUGUCCUUUAACGUAAUGUGUGACGACAACAUUUUAUGUAUGUAUGUUGCAUUAAAUAUAUUUUCAUCGUUUCAAGACUUGUAUAGUAACCAGAUUCUGUACUCCUUGCAGGAGUGAACUUAAACCUUGCCCAGCAAGCGGCAGCCCUCCAAUCACAGAAGGCACAGACCACAGCUCCGCCUCAGCCAGUGACCGGCCAAUCACAGAACCCUCCUAGUCAGGCCACACUUCAGCUGGGUGGAAAGCCCCAAGCUGGUGCUCAGCAGAAGCAGGUAAACUCAGGCAGCCACCCAAGCCCACAGCCAUACCACCCUGCAUCCCACUGCUGGCUUGUCUCUGAAGCUAGCAGGGUUGGUGUCUGGUCAAUCCCACCCUUAGCGGCGUUGGCAGAAAGCGGAUGUUGACUGUUUUCAGGGAUACAGCGUCUCACAAUAGGAGUGCUGAUCUAGGAUCAGGUCCCCCCCUGUCCAUGACGUAAUCUUAUUAAUUGUUAUCUUAAAUCAGCACUCCUACUCUGAGAAGCGACCACAGAUAUUGUUGGAAGAUUUCUAAUUUGCAUGAUUCACCCUCUACAUUGUGAUAGUUGUAAGCUUUCUGGCACAAAAUUAACUGCCAUCAGCAGGUGGGUGCUUACACGUUGGUGGUGGAUGACGUAAGUUUCCCCCAUAGUGCUCUGAGGAUCUGGAAGUUUUUAAUGAAUCUAAUCAAUUACAGUACAAAACCCUGCGUUUUUUACACACUUAAAUGGGUUAAUAUAAUUGGAGAAAAAAAACGUUUCUAAAGAAAAUGUUCCUCUUUACACUAAGGGAUCUGGAAAAAUGCAUUUCAAAGAAAUGUAGAUUUUGGGGGGGGAUUUUGUUGCUUAGUGAAUAAUAUACACUUAUACCAGCUGUAAAAUACCAUCUGUAAGACGAGUUGCUGCUCAGGGUUGGGUUAUUGUUCAAUGGCCCCUUGUAUAGACUGUGUAAUGGAACAAGCUUAGAUAAGGAGAUAAGUAAAGUGCAGGAAACUCUUGACCAAACAGAGAAGAAGCGAGCAUUAGGGAGGAAAAUGGAUGAAAGACGUUGCCACACAAUUGCACCCCAUUACAUUUUCAUGAGAUUACAGUUUUUACAGUCUGCUCUCUUAUUAUAACAAAAACACAAGCAAUGGAGUAAUGGGUCCUUAGAUUUUAGGUAGGGAAGGUAGUUUUCCGGUAUUAUAUGUAUCAUUCUGAACCCACAAUAACAGCCACAUGCAUUCUUAGUGGCACUCUGUGUUUAAAGCAGCUUUGUCUUCGUUGUCAUGGUUUGUUGACGCUGUGUGCUGUCGUCCGUCUUUGUGUGGUAGCCAGGGCAGCUGCAGCAGCAGCCAAUCGCGGCAGCAGUCACCGCAGCAGGGGGAGGAGUGCAGGCCAAGACAGAGGGCCUGAGCGCCCCACAACAGGCCGUGCCUCCCGCGCUGGCCAGUCCCACCCCUCAGCAGGCCCCGUCCAGCCCAGCCCCACCUAAAGCCCCAGCACGUCGUAAGCAGGCCAGCCAGAGCCAGGCCCAGCAGCAGCCAACCGCUCAGCCCACUCCAGCCCAACCUCCGGCUGCACAGCAGCAUACAGCUCAGCAGCAACCAGUUCCUCUACAACCAGUUGCCCAGCAACCAGUGGCCCAGCCAGAAGCAGCCCAGCAGCCACCUGUCCAGAUCCAGUCCAUCCCUGCUAAAACCAGUCAGAACACAGCUGAGACCGAGACGGUAACAUACCUGCAGCCUGCAACGAGUCUGCUCCCUGAGCUGUCAGACACUCUCAAAGCCUGCUUGAAAGUAACAUCAGGCCAUCCAUUGUUCCACCCAGCCAUCCAUCGUCAUGGCAAUGCCAUCAGCCUUCAUCGUUUUGCUGUCUUUUCGGUUUUGUUUGUUUGAGUGUUGUUCUCGCAGUACCUUAAAAACGAAAUCCAUUGUGAACGUUUGAAUUAUCCUCAUUUCGGUGUGAUAGACUUUUUUUCCCCCCUUUGUCUGUCCAUUUUUCACUUUAAUUGUAAUUGUUUGACUUUGUUUGCCUCAUUUUCUUUUGUGUUGUAUGUAUUUGGCAUUGACAGUUAUUCAUUAGUGUGUGUUAUUGGGUUUAGUUCUUUAAAAUUAGUUUCCUUUUCUUCCCCCUAUUUGUAUUGUUUAUAUGAUAUUUUUAUUUCUUCCUCUCUCUCUCCGUCCCUCCAGACUUCUCUUCCUGCUCUGUCCAAGACUCCGCCCCACUCUCCAAAGGCUGCAGAGCGCACCCCGAGUGACUUUACCCAGAAUGCAGUCGGUGGGCUACCUGGAAGUGACUCCAUCCAGCCACUGCAAGAGGCCACAGCAGAGGAUGGCUUCAACCAGUUAAUGUAAGAUAUGCGGCAACGACAUCAUCCCCUGAAAUAUCAGCCUUAAUUAAAUAUAUUUAGUUUUUAAUGUGUAACAACAAGUUGACCUGUUCCGGCCUUUGUGUGUUUUUCCAGAUCUGUUGGUACAAUUCCACCCAAUUCUACCCAGUCUCUUCAGCAGAGUGUGUGUGAACCAGCCCAGGAUGGCAACUUUGCUGCCUUUGCCCCUUCCCCUGCCUCUGCCCCUGGCCCUGCCAUCGGCUCCCCCAGUCAGCCCGCCUGGAACCCUUUUGGUGAUGAUGCCUUCUCCAAUCUCAGUGUGGAGCAUCUGAUUAACAAAGACUUGGUUGACAUACAGGCUGAUGGUAAGGCUAUGUGCGCACGCGUGUGUGUGUGCGGAAUUAUGUGUUCAUAAAAGAGAUAGGAGCUAAAAGUACAUUCUUAUACCUCAUUUCUAAUAUAUCCUCUGGUGUAAUAGUAUUUCCAACCAGAUAAAGCUGCAUUAUAAGUUACUUUGUCUUUUUCUCUAUGAGAUGUGUCUGAAGAGGUGGAGACGGCCCCCACAGAGGACCUGAUACCUGGCCUCCUGGAGGUAUCCUCCCCUGGGGAAACAGCCCCCCAACCUGCUGGUGAGACCCUUCUUAUCUCCAUCACUCAUAUCUCCCUACUGUAUAUCUCUCAGAUAUUCCCAUAGCUCCUUUGUUCUUCCUAUAGCAAUCACAUCCUCCAUCCUCCAUUACCAACAGCUACAGUGACAUACCCAUAGAAAUCCUAUAAUACACUGUUCUAUGUCAUUCUAUGGACAUAAGGGAAGGGAACUCUGCUGCUACCCAACUCUCCAAACAAGGUGCAUGAAAUGAGGAGAAAACUGAAGUGAAGAGAAGUUGAUAAAUGUGCUUCUAUAUUCCUGCUGAGUGAAUGGUCCUCUCUGUGACCUCAUCAGUGGCCAUCUGAACGCUAAGCUCAGCAGAAAUGUAUAUCUGAAAGCUUUCAUUAACUCUGUAUGCUCAAAUCCCUAGCUAGCCAUUUAAUGGGAUGUCUUCAUUGAAUAACUUACCAAGAAAACACUGUCUCUUUGCCUUGCACUAUCCAUGCUCAAUCAUCUCUACUUGUAAUUAGACGGAGAUGGACAUUGCGUGCUUUUUGUAUCUAUGCAGUGUUCAUUAGUGUCUGUGUUGUCUUUCCCUGCUCCCCGCCUCGCUACUUACUGUACCAGUAGAGCAAUCUGAAGACAUCCUUGGCCUGGAUACAGGAGAGUCUUUGUUGACUGUUCUGGUCCCUUUCAGCAUCCUAGAACUCUCAGACACUCCAGGUAAGGAUGUGUCCAUUUAUAUGUGUAAAAGCACACUCCAAAUCACUUAUACCCACAUACCAACAGUUUUUUAUUUAUUUAACCUUUAUUUAACUAGGCAAGUCAGUUAAGAACACAUUCUUAUUUACAAUGACGGCCUACAAUGACGGCCUCAUUAACAUGACUUACUGAGAUGCUGGCGAUCUAUUGUCUAAGACCAGAAUUAGGGUGCGUUCGUAAAUUCACUCUGGCAAUCUACUUCAAGUUCAGAGCUCUCUGGUUUGAGAGUGCCAGAGCACAGAAUAAUUAAUGAAUUUACAGUUGUUAGGACAGGUGCCAGUAAACAUUGACUAAAAACAGAAUUAAAAUUGUUGCCAGUAACACAGUUACAAUGAAUAACCCUCUUAAUAACACGAAAACAGUCUAACCAGUUCUGCUAUGGCGAGUAAAAUGGUCAGAGUGAUCUCUCUCUCAUUUGUGUCUAAAAGUAGCUAGCAAACUAGCCAAUGUUCGCUUUGUUAGCUUCGGUGCUUGACUGCUGUUGUGAGGUCAGAAUGCUCGGAUCAACCCUACUCCUCGGCCAGAGUCCAUUGUGCGCUCUGAAUGCUUCGAGAGCAAAACACUCUGAAUUUACGAACGGACAAUUUGACAGCGCUCUGAAUAAAAAAUGGCCCAGAGCGCCCUCUGACACUCCACAGUUAAUUUACGAACACACCCUUGGUAUCCACACACAAUUAGUGUUCCUUAGUGGUCAUUGCAACCUGUUCCACUUGGCGGUUAUCAAAAACCUUUCAAAUCCUAAUAUUUUCUUGAUUCAGCCUAAAAUGCAGACCAAAAUAAUGCAGCACUUCAAAUUGUAACGUGGCAUUUUGCUCUAAGGAAGUCAAAGUACUGCUAGUCACGUUGCUAGCAAUGAUGUACAGUGCUCUCUCUCCCCAGUUAAAGGGGCUAGAGUGGACUUGUUUUCUGUACCUUGAUCCCUGACAGUCCACUGGCUCAACUGUAAGUACAUAGUGGAGAGGCAGGAGGAGAGCAGGUGUGGGUUGUGUUUUGAGAUAACCUGGUGUGCAGAGUGAUCUUUAGGUGUAACCCCAGCUAGUUGACGUAGCUACUAGCUAGCGCUCUCUGUGUGACUGUUUUAUUCAUCUGGUGUGAAAGUAACAUUUAGGGUUUUGUGGCUGUGUGAACAAACAUCUCAAUGUAGGAAAAGUAUUCAUUGUUCUGCUUUGGGAGUACUAAUUCUAAAUGCAUGUUAACUGGCCUGUUGGAAUGUGGUGGAAAGAAAGAGUAAGCUUAUAAAAACUUUUCUUCAAAGUGAGCGGUUCCUCAGCAAACAGUUUCUUUGCUCUUCUGUAGGGUGAGAUUCUUUCCUCUAUUUAGCUAUGUUCUAAUGUCUGUCUCCAGCUUUUUUGUCCUAAUAUGUCAUUCUGUUAUCAUCUUUGUCUUAUCCGUCUGUAAUCAAUUAAUCUAUCCCCAACUUAUAUUUUCCAUUUUCUCAUUCCCUUCAUCUCUUUUUUGUUUAAGCCACUGGUAUGUAAAAAAAACAAAAAACAUUUUCUACUAUUUUUGUUGCAUUUAUUUAUCAACAUACAUAAUGUUGAUAAUGUACAAUAAAUACCAUGGCAGACAGUCUCCAUGUGGGCUCUCAAUCACCACUGCCUUCAAUAAAUCGUCACAUCAUUACAUCUCAGCCAUAUCUGGCUAUUUGGAGCUAGGAAACACUAGUGGCCACCCAUGUGGCUCAGUUGGUGGAGCAUGGCGCAUGCAACGCCAGUUGGAGGUUUGAUUCCCACGGGUGACCAGUACGAAAAAGUAAAAACAUUUAUGCCCUCACUACUGUAAAUCGCUCUGGAUUAGAGCGUCUCCUAAAUGACUCAAAUGUAAAUAUUAAUUAAUCAGCAAUGUUCCUUCGUUGGCUCCCCAUGAACUGCAGUGCUACCAUUUACACUAUACCAGGAAAUGUCCCUUAACGAUAUGCGUGGGUUGAGUGUGGUCAUAGUUGUAGUAGUUGUAUAGGCCUAUAUGUAAGCAAUUUUUAUGUUGCUCUGUACAUUCUCUGAAAAUAGUGGGUGACGCAGGCUUGGAGGACGUGCAGCCGAGUCCAUCCACGGACUGCAUCUUUGGAGUAGAUUAGUUCCAGAAAAUGUACAUGAGCAUAUCUACAUAGGCCUAUAUUUCUGAAAAUAUACUUCCAUCACAUUAUGUGCUGGAGCUGUACCAUAAUUUGCCCUCAUUGAACACCCAUCCUCUCACUUUCCCUAUAGCCUAGCCUCAUUGAACACCCAUCCUCUCACAUCCCCUAUAGCCUAGCCUCAUUGAACACCCAUCCUCUCACAUUCCCUAUAGCCUAGCCUCAUUGAACACCCAUCCUCUCACAUUCCCUAUAGCCUAGCCUCAUUGAACACCCAUCCUGUCACAUUCCCUAUAGCCUCAUUGAACACCCAUCCUCUCACAUCCCCUAUAGCCUCGCCUCAUUGAACACCCAUCCUCUCACAUUCCCUGUAGCCUCAUUUAACACCCAUCCUCUCACAUUCCCUAUAGCCUCAUUGAACACCCAUCCUCUCACAUCCCCUAUAGCCUAGCCUCAUUGAACACCCAUCCUCUCACAUUCCCUAUAGCCUCAUUGAACACCCAUCCUCUCACAUUCCCUAUAGCCUCAUUGAACACCCAUCCUCUCACAUCCCUAUAGCCUAGCCUCAUUGAACACCCAUCCUCUCACAUUCCCUAUAGCCUAGCCUCAUUGAACACCCAUCCUCUCACAUUCCCUAUAGCCUCAUUGAACACCAAUCCUCUCACAUUCCCUAUAGCCUAGCCUCAUUGAACACCCAUCCUUUCACAUUCCCUAUAGCCUAGCCUCAUUGAACACCCAUCCUCUCACAUUCCCUAUAGCCUAGCCUCAUUGAACACCCAUCCUCUCCAUUCCCUAAGCCUCAUUGAACACCCAUCAUCACUUCCCUAAGCCUCAUUGAACACCCAUCCUCUCACAUUCCCUAUAGCCUAGCCUCAUUGAACACCCGUCCUCUCACAUCCCCUAUAGCCUCAUUGAACUCCCAUCCUCUCACAUUCCCUAUAUUCUCAUUGAACACCCAUCCUCUCACAUUCCCUAUAGCCUAGCCUCAUUGAACACCCAUCCUCUCACAUUCCCUAUAGCCUAUCCUCAUUGAACACCCGUCCUCUCACAUUCCCUAUAGCCUAGCCUCAUUGAACACCCAUCCUCUCACAUUCCCUAUAGCCUAGCCUCAUUGAACACCCAUCCUAUCAUAUUCCCUAUAGCCUCAUUGAACAUCCAUCCUCUCACAUUCCCUAUAGCCUCAUUGAACACCCGUCCUCUCACAUUCCCCAUAGCCUCAUUGAACACCCAUCCUCUCACAUCCCCUAUAGCCUAGAUCAUUGAACACCCAUCCUCUCACAUCCCCUAUAACCUAUAUCAUUGAACACCCAUUCUCUCACAUUCCCUAUAGCCUAGCUUCAUUGAACACCCAUCCUCUCACAUCCCCUAUAACCUAGAUCAUUGAUCACCCAUCCUCUCACAUUCCCUAUAGCCUAGAUCAUUGAACACCCAUCCUCUCACAUUCCCUAUAGCCUAGCCUCAUUGAAAACCCAUCCUCUCACAUCCCCUAUAGCCUAGCCUCAUUGAACACCCAUCCUCUCACAUCCCCUAUAGCCUAGCCUCAUUGAACACCCAUCCUCUCACAUCCCCUAUAGCCUAGCGUCAUUGAACACCCAUCCUAUCAUAUUCCCUAUAGCCUCAUUGAACAUCCAUCCUCUCACAUUCCCUAUAGCCCCAUUGACCACCCAUCCUCUCACAUUCCCUAUAGCCUCAUUGAACACCCAUCCUCUCACAUUCCCUAUAGCCUAGCUUCAUUGAACACCCAUCCUCUCACAUCCCCUAUAGCCUAGCUUCAUUGAACACCCAUCCUCUCACAUCACCUAUAGCCUAGAUCAUUGACCACCCAUCCUCUCACAUUCCCUAUAGCCUAGCCUCAUUGACCACCCAUCCUCUCACAUUCCCUAUAGCCUCAUUGAACACCCAUCCUCUCACAUUCCCUAUAGCCUAGCUUCAUUGAACACCCAUCCUCUCACAUUCCCUAUAGCCUAGCAUCAUUGAACAUCCAUCCUUUCACAUUCCCUAUAGCCUAGCCUCAUUGAACACCCAUCAUCUCACAUCCCCUAUAGCCUCAUUGAACACCCAUCCUCUCACAUCCCCUAUAGCCUAGCCUCAUUGAACACCCAUCCUCUCACAUCCCCUAUAGCCUCAUUGAACACCCCUCUCACAUCCCCUAUAGCCUCAUUGAACACCCAUCCUCUCACAUCCCCUAUAGCCUAGCCUCAUUGAACACCCAUCAUCUCACAUCCCCUAUAGCCUCAUUGAACACCCAUCCUCUCACAUCCCCUAUAGCCUAGCCUCAUUGAACACCCAUCCUCUCACAUCCCCUGUAGCCUCAUUGAACACCCAUCCUCUCACAUCCCCUAUAGCCUCAUUGAACACCCAUCCUCUCACAUCCCCUAUAGCCUCAUUGAACACCCAUCCUCUCACAUCCCCUAUAGCCUAGCUCCCUUUGCCUUUCUUCCUUCCUUUUACGUUACUUGUCCUUCACCCUCUCCUCAUCUCUUUUUCUUUCUUCACCCCUUUUCUCCAUCCUCACUUGCACUGCUCAAUUCAAUGGUGUUUGCUGUUCUGGCCAUGACCAUGUGAAAUGCAGUACUCGCUAGGUAGAGUAUUGCUGCUGCUCACAUUUUCUUACUGUUCUCUCUCGUUCCAUCUUUCCUUGCUCAUCUUUUCUCUCUGGCCUGUAGAGAAGCUUAUUGAGGGACUGAAGUCCCCAGAUACACACCUCCUGCUCCCUGACCUCCUGUCCAUGGCUGAUCCCUUUGGUGGAACUAUGGAGGAGGCUGUCAAUGGUAAAAGUAUUUUCGGUCUUUCAGCCACUCCUGGAUAUUUCACAAUUGUACACACUUUUACAUUGCUCUCCAAAUGUCAAGGUUUUCCAUGGAAUGCUCCAUGGCAAUGUCCUCUAUCUGCCCUCUGUUUACUCUAGCUUCUUUUGUUCUCUUGUGGGUGUCCUCUUACUCGCUCCCUUUCUCUGCUUCCCUCUCGCCUUCUCUUCUUCUAUGCCUCCCUCUCUCUCUACGUGUACAGUAGUGGGUCCAGCAGAGGAGUCUCUGGUGAGUCUGGACUUUCUGAUCCCUGGUCUGGAAGCUCCUGUGUCCCAGUCUGAGACAGACUCUGCACUGCUUCCUGGUUAGUUUCUGUCUCACAGGCAAGACGACACACAAUCUAGAUGUUCCCAGAAUACAAUGCAACAGUGGAAUAAGAUUAUUUAGAUCUGUGGAAACAAAAAGGUUUAGGUUGAUGUUUUUACUGAUAAUACCACCUCCACACUGGUCUUGGGUCAUUGUGUAAGGUUUAUCGAGGACGGAAUGAAGCCCAUUGAGUACAAUGACCACAGCUGAUUGAUAUUUGGAGUGUUUGUCUAUUAGUAGCCUGGUUAGUCCAGUUACAAAUGUGUCAUUCAUAUCCAAUGUUCUGAUUUAAAAACUGACAUGAAAUGAAAUUGCAAAUUGAAAUGGAGAAAUGAAAAAGCAGAGGCCCACAAACUCUGAGAAAAACAGAUGACAGUGUCCUUGUACAACUAGUAUUCACAGGAUGAGGCAGUUUUUUGAGAAUUGUGAUGUUUAUUAUGCUGUGUGUUUCAUGCAGGGCUCUGUAAUUGCAUCACCCGGGGCUUUGUUGAAUGAUUUGAUGAUGUAGGCUUAUUACUGGACAGGGCAUAGUACAAUGACUCACUUACAGUUGGAUACUUUGAUGUGUAGUGCCUCAAUUACCAUACAUUCUAUAGCAUGUAAUUAAUGGCCCAAUGUUGCUGUUUUUAUAUCAAUUUCAAAUAAUUUCUGGGUAACAAUUAACUCACUGUAAUAGAUAUCCAUUAAAAUGGGCAAAAAUAGCUUUUUAGCAACAACAACAAUUCUCAAGCAAUAAUUUUGCUAGGACUGUCUGUGAAUCGUCUGAGUGGGGAAGGGAAAACUGAAAACUAGCUGUUAUUGGCAGAGAGGUUUGGAAUGCUCUUUGUUAUGGUGAUGUCACCAUGGAAAGCCGAAACUCCCGCCCAUGCAAACCUGCUGAUUAGAAGGUCCUAUGUAGAUUGUAUUCAACCAGCAACUAUCAGGAAUAACACUGAUCAAAUGUUCUCACACUUUUACAGUGUUAGUUUCAUCAGCUGUUGUACAAUAUGAUAAAAAAAACACAGGAAAAACAUAAUUUUGACUGCACUGGGCCUUUAAUAAGUGCUGCUAGGAACAUGUGGAGUAUUUUUCAUAUUUUGUCCUAUACAGUGAUUCAUUUAAUUGGCCAUAUCCUAUUACCUCGUCUAACUCUCGCCCCCUCUGCUCCUCUGCCCUCCCUCCCCCAGACCCCCUGCUUGGUGAAGACUCUCUGCUGGGCUGCUCUCUCAUCUCUCCCCCCUCUGGAGCCUCUCUCUCCUCUGCUCCCGCUUCCGCUUGCACUGGGUCUGUUCUGGAUGAGUUUGACCUGGUAUCUGCGGGUUGCACCCAGCUUCUGGCAGGUAAGGCACACCCACAAGCCUGAACUGUGCAACUUAGGCCUACAAUUGGAGAAGCGGGAGCGCUGCCAUUUACACUUGAUGUGUCCCGUAGGAACACCUGAUUAGGUUAUCCCUGUUAAGAGUUUAGCGCUAGUCACAACUACGCUAGCAGGCUCUACUGACUUGCGUUCUAACUCUAAACCUCUGUAGCUGUGUGGCACACUGCCUCCUAUUCCUCCUUUAUCUGUCUCACUUUCUGCCAUUUCUUAUUCCUCCUUAUUCCUCUCCCAAACACCUUAACCUCUCCUUUCUCUGGCUUCCUCCUCUGCAGACUCCUCUGAUCUCCUGAUCUCAGGCUUUGAGCCUGCGCCCAGUGCAGAGACGGGCAACGAGGAUGAGUUUGACCCCAUCCCUGUCAUGGGCUCCAAAAACUCCUCUCAAGGUAAGGACGGCGGGGUGUUCAAGGCAGCCUUCACACAGAGGCAGGGCCAGGAGUAA